CUAUUUUUUUUCUUGAAUAUAUUUUUUUUGUCAUUUUUCAUUUGAUGGAAUUUAUUUAUUUCAGGAAAAAAAUCUUUAUUUUAACAGCAUUCGUCAAAACGAAUCGCAUUAAUGGCUAAUAUCAACAGCACCGACAACGAUACAAUCAACAACAGUAACAUUUCUUCAUUACCAUUAUUAUCAAUCAAUUUAACCAGAUUUGAUAAUUUGUUUAAUAUCGGUCGAAAUUAUUCAAUGAUAAUUGAUCAAUAUAAUGAUGAACAACAACAACAACAACAACAAUUACAACAACAAUCAUCAUCAAUAAUAAUCACCAAUGAUGAUGAUAAUCAACAAGAAUGUCCAUUUUAUCCACCAUUAUGGUUAAUCAUAUUGUUUACAAUAUCAUUGAUAAUUUUUUUAAUGAUUUUAAUACGUUUUAUGCAAGCAAUUUUUACAUGGUUCAUUAGUCCAUUGAUUUUUGGUAAUAUGGUCAAAUGGAAUGGCGGUCCAAAUACAUGGGCAAUUAUAACCGGUGCAACUGAUGGUCUUGGUUUAGCAUAUGCAAAAGCAAUGGCUGAAAAAGGUUAUUGUUUACUAUUAUUAAGUCGUAAUCAAGAAAAAUUGGAUAAAGUUAAACAAGAAAUUCUUAAACAAUAUCAAUCAUGUACCGAUAUACGAACAUUGGUUGUUGAUUUUACACAAGGACAUGAUUCAUAUGAUUAUAUUGGUGAACAAAUACGAUCAUUACCUGGUUCGGUACAUGUAUUAAUCAAUAAUGUUGGUAUGUCAUAUAAAUAUCCGGAAUAUUUUACCCGAAUAUUGGAUGGUAAUAAAUUUAUAACAAAUAUAAUGAAUUGUAAUAUGGUUUCAGUAGUAAGAAUGACAUAUUUAGUUUUACCAUUAAUGGAAAAACAAAAAUCCGCAUUAUUUCCAUCACCAUUAUUAACAUUAUAUUCAGCAUCGAAAAUAUUUAUGGAUUAUUUUUCACGUGGUUUAUAUUGGGAAUAUCGUCAUCGUGGUAUUAUAAUACAAUCAGUUGUACCAUAUUAUGUAACAACAAAUAUGAUCCGAAAUCCCGGUGUAUCAUUUAUGAUACCAAAUCCAGAUACAUUUGUUCGUUCAGCAUUAAAAACUGUUGGUCAUGAAAUUCGUACAUAUGGUUUUAUAACACAUCGUAUAUUAGCAUUUGUACGUGAAUGGAAUCGUUUUUUUAUUGGUUUUAAUUUCAGUACACGUUUAGCAACUCGUUCAUUAAGUAAUGCAAGAAAACGUUGUUAUCAACGUAAAGGUCUUGAUCAUCAUGUUUAACCCAAAAUUAUUAUCAUCAUUAUUAAUUUCGAAUA